AAAUUUAUCUAGCAGAAAUUCAAAUCAUGUUCAUAUCGAAGAAAUAUUUACAAAAUAUUUGCAAAUAUUUGUCGUUUAUUGAAAUAACCUCCGCAAAACAUAACCUUUAAUUCAUUAUCAAACAGCUAAUCGAGAAAUAUCGCUGUUGAGAAACACGUGUUAGAUCCUUAAAAAAUUAUCAAACGGAUUGAUGCAAACAGCAAAAUCUUGAUUUCUGUCAAAAUAUCAUCAUAAUGGGAAAAACGUCGAAGGACAAGCGUGAUAUAUAUUACAGAAAGGCAAAGGAAGAGGGAUGGCGAGCUCGAAGUGCUUUUAAACUACUCCAAAUCGAUACCGAAUGUCACAUUUUUUUAGGAGUGUCCAAAGCAGUAGAUCUAUGUGCUGCUCCUGGAAGCUGGAGCCAGGUCUUAGCUCGCAAACUAAAUGAGAACUACAAAAAGGCUUUAGAAAGCGAUGCAUCUCUUCCAAAAAUUGUAGCAGUCGAUUUACAGGCAAUGGCACCCUUGGAAGGAGUUAUUCAACUACAAGGUGACAUUACUAACACAAAUACCGCACAGCAGAUCAUUGCGCAGUUUGAUAAUACUCAAGCAGAUCUGGUAGUGUGUGACGGAGCACCUGAUGUGACUGGUUUACAUGAUAUGGAUAUAUUCAUUCAAUCGCAGCUUCUAUUAGCUGCUCUGAAUAUAACCACACACAUCUUGAGACCUGGUGGAACGUUUGUGGCCAAAAUCUUUCGAGCUAAGGACGUAUCUUUUCUGUAUGCUCAAUUGAGGAUAUUUUUCCCUUAUGUAUAUUGUACGAAACCCAGUAGUUCUCGCAAUUCGAGUAUCGAGGCGUUUGUAGUCUGUAAAGACUAUUCUCCACCAGAAGGCUAUAAACCACAUAUGCUGAACCCUUUACUGACACAUGAGCCAUGCAACUUUGAAGAGCUGACAGGAGUCAAUAGAUUCAUCGUUCCAUUUGUGGUGUGCGGAGAUCUUAGUCAACCGGAUUCUGACAUGUGCUAUCCACUAAAUGUAAGUAGGAAGGAAUACAAGUAUCAUGAACCAGUGCAAACCCUAGCCCCGCCCUAUGCUGAGGCGUUAUCCUUGUGAAAUAGAAGAGCUGGAACCAGCACUUUUGUUUUUGAUCAUGACACCGAUUUUGACGAAACCGACAUCAGUAGAGCGAUCGAAACUGAAAGUGCGACAUCGACGGCAUGGGUCAAGAAAUGUGCAUUUAUUGAUGCUGCGCAAAUCGAUUCUGAAACGAAUACAACUGCAAAAACUACUCAGGAUAAGAAUAAGGAAGAGGAAACAACCAUCGAUGCAUUACAGAGUUUGUACAUAUCCAAGGAAGCUGAAAAUCUAGAUAACGCUGAAUGAAAUAAAUAUAUUAUAUUAUUUUGUAAUAUAUUUAUUAAAUGAAUA